GGCAUCACUCCACCAAAGCGCGCGUAAAGCACACACCUCAAACGGUCAAACCCCCAUAGAAAAACUAGAUAUGAUUCAUAUGAAUGCCAUGCAACCCUGUUCCGAUCACUCCCUUCCCCCUCACUCAAUCAAUCACUGACCCACAAGGAGAUGGAGAGGUCGUCGGCAAUUGCGGUGGUUGUUGUAGCUUUCCUUAUCGGCCUCUUGACCUCCGAAAUCGCAGCAGAAAUCGCCCAAAACUCGACCGAAUUUUACAGAAUCGGUCGCCGUCGUUCACCGCCGCAGUCUCUCUGUGCGCAGCUCAUUGAACCGUCUGGUUACUCAUGCUCCGAGCACACGAUUCAAACGAAAGAUGGGUACUUACUGGGUCUUCAACGCGUGUCGUCGCGAAGCGGGGAUUUGAGAAGACAGCAGGGUCCUCCUGUGCUGCUUCAGCAUGGGCUCUUCAUGGCAGGUGAUGCAUGGUUCUUAAAUUCUCCAGAAGAAUCGCUAGGCUUUGUCCUUGCAGAUGAAGGUUUUGAUGUAUGGGUAGGGAGUGUGCGUGGAACACGUUGGAGUCAUGGACACGUAUCUUUAUCAGAAGAGGAUAAGGAAUUUUGGGAUUGGAGUUGGCAGGAAUUGGCUCUAUUUGAUCUAUCAGAAAUGAUCCGCUACAUAUAUUCAACAAGAAGCUCCAAAGUCUUUGUUGUUGGACAUUCACAGGGAACAAUUAUGUCUUUAGCUGCUCUCACCCAGCCGGAUAUCGCAGAACUGGUUGAAGCUGCCGCUCUUUUCUGUCCAAUAUCGUACUUGGAGCAUAUCACAUCUAAAUUUGCACUUAGAAUGGUCAAAAUGCAUGUUGAUCAGAUGAUUCUUGCUAUGGGCAUCCAUCAACUUAACUUUAGAAGUGAAUGGGGAGUCAACCUUUUGGAUUCAAUAUGUGAUGGCCAUGUUGACUGCAACGACUUGCUAACUUCCAUAACAGGGAAGAAUUGUUGCUUUAAUAACUCACGUGUGGACAUGUAUCUUGAAUACGAACCACACCCAACAUCUGCAAAGAACUUGCACCAUCUCUUCCAGAUGAUCCGUAAGGGAACUUUUUCACAAUACGACUAUGGCCUGUUAAAAAAUUUGAGGUUGUAUGGUCAGUUGAAACCCCCUGCAUUUGAUCUUAGUCUGAUACCCGAAUCAUUGCCACUGUUGAUGGCUUGUGGGGGCAAUGAUGAUUUAGCGGAUAUGACAGAUUUCCGUCACACUCUCAAGGAAUUGCGGUCCACUCCGGAGUUGCUUUAUCUCGAGAAUUAUGGUCAUAUCGACUUCAUUGUGAGCGUUAAGGCCAAAGAAGACCUCCAUGACCCCGUGAUUAGGUUUUUUAGGUCAUGGGGAAAAUCUAGUAGUUCUUAAUGCGACUGCUUUCUGCGACAUAUAAUCAAUGUGUUUACGCAUGCACUGCAGUAGAAAUGUUGAUGUGUAUAUAUUGCAUGUAGCAUUAUCUAUGUAGAAAAAUGUGUCCUGUAUCUUAUUAGGUUUAUCUUUAUUGUUUGUCUAUUAAGGAGACAAGGGAGAAGAGGAGAUAAUUUCUCACUUCAAGAUGGGCUUCUGCAAGUGCAAUGGCAACUUCGGACUGGUGGCUCCAACCGGAAACGGAGGACAGUCGCAUGAAAUAAGGAACCAUUUGUUGUAUGGAAUUUUAGUAUAUUACUAUUAAAUUAUAAUAUUGGUUAAAGUGAUGCGUUUAUUUAACA